CAACAUGGCUGCAUCAUGGCAUCAGAUCUGUCUCUCAGUUUUACUGAUCGCAGCCAUCAGCUGUAAGAAAGAUCAACAAAAACUCUUCUCCAACUUCAAACGCUGCAUGGAUGAGGAAUGUAGCAUGCUGAUGUGUCGAGGUAAAGCUUUGCAGGAUUUCACGGGUCCCGACUGCCGUUUUCUGCGGUUCAAAAAGGGUGAAACAAUUUACAUCUAUUAUAAAUUAGCAGGGGAAAGGAACGAUCUAUGGGCUGGAAGUGUUGGGAGUCAGUUUGGAUAUUUCCCCAAAGAUCUCAUUGAAGUAAAUCUAGUAUACUCAACUGAUGAGGUGGAAUUGCCUGCUGAGGAAACUGAUUUUGUUUGUUUUGAUGGAGGACCUGAUGAAUUUGAUUACGUAGACCUUGAUCAUCUGACACAAGCAAAUAGAGAAACCAUGUCCAAUGAAGAAAAGUCAGAAUCACGUAUCGUAACAAUGCAUGGUGCAACAAAGAAGAGAGAGGAAGAUACUGGGCAGGGAGUUCCAGCUCCCGAAGUGCCUGAAAAUAAUUUGCAAGGAAAUAAAGCAAGAGAUGAUAAAGAGGCGGUUAAUUUUGUAGGCCGGAGUCUCAGUGACUCUCCAUCAGGAAUUAAAGAUGAGAGAGAUGAAAAUGUAGAUAAUGAAGUAAAUGACGAACAAAUUCUUCACGUUGAAGAUGGAGUAUCUGAAGGAAAACCUGCUAAUGUGGGUGAAAAUGCUUCCUCUUUGGAAGAGCAUCCGACUGAAGAGGAUGGUCGUAGCCACGUUAAAGUGAGCGCACGUUCGCAACCAAGUUCUCAGGGGAUCCAAACCUCACCGCUAAAAGAAAAUGAGGACCUAAGUGAUGACACUGAAGACACUAGAGUUUCUUGGAAUGAAGCUGAACUAUUGGAUACCAGAGAACAAAGAUCGCAGAGAGAUAAAAGGGAAGAUGUAUUUGAACUUGAGGGAUCUUUGAAAUUAGACACAACAUUUGGAUCAACACUGGAUGCAGUUGUGGUCGAUGAUGAAAUGAGUAGCAAAGUGACCGUGCUCGAUGAAGAUCCUGUAUUUGAUUUUGAGCUGCAGAAAGAUGAAUUAGUUGAAUCACCUGAGAAAGUAGACCAUGAGGAGAUAGCUCUGCUAACAUAUUCUGAUAGUACAUAUCAACACCACCCAGAGCUUCCAGAAGAAGACCAUAUCCAGGAUAAUGAUAUUGAUGUAGAUCACGCUGUAAGAUCUCAUGAAACUAACUAUACAGCUGUUGCUGAGGAUGCUAAUCUUGCAAUGACUUUUGUCAGUCCAGGAAAGGAGCAAUUAGAUGAAGUAAUGGAAGAAUCUGUCAGUAUUAGAGGUGAGGGUGAUGAAAAGCUUCAAGCAGGAAAUUCAGAAGGUGAAAACAGUCAAAAUGGAGCAUUGUGGACUACUCUUGGUGACACUUUCAAUUCAGUUGUAAGAGGAGGUGAAACCACAUCAAAGAUUAUAGCCCCUCACGAUUCUGAUUCCAAAGACAUUCAGAAAGAUAUGAAUUACAGAAACACUGAAGAUUCAGGUGAAAAUGAUUUGGUGAACACACCAGAGAAAGAGAUUGAGGAAAAAGUUGUGAAUACAGCUGCAGAGUUAAUAGAAAAUGAUGCAGUGAAAGAGAGGUCUCGUGUAACAAAGGAAGGUUAUGAAAUGGGGGAUACAAUUGAAACUUUUGCCAGGACCUCUGAAGCUGAUAAUUUUGAAACACAUUUUGAGGAAAAUGAAGGCACAGAGCAGGAUCAAGGUAUUAUGCCCCAAGCUGAAAGGCAAAUUUCUGGACUAGAGAGAAAGCAUGGGCUGAAAACAAAUGACUCAACUUUGACGGGGGAAGCUGACACUAAUGAUUUGUUAAAAAUGCCAGAAAAGGAUAACCAGACCCGAAAAGUUGAACUGCAAACUCUAAAGCAUUCUAGUACUGAAGAUAAAUCAGAAGCCAUGACAAAUCAAGGUUCGCAAAAGUUUAUGCAUUUACAACAAGAACCUGAAAUGGAAAAAUUGAUUGGUUCUCAGUCAAAAUGGUCAAUAAAUAUAUCUGCUGAGAUUUCACAUAGUGGAAAUGAGGAGUUGAGAUCACAAAAUCAAAGCCAAUUAGUAAUAAAUAAGCCAUUUUCUGCUGAGGACCUCAAUGACAAAAAACAGCAUGACACAAAUCAAGCCAGGGAACAUGUUGUAAGCCCCAGAGCAACUAAUGAGAAGGUUGAAGGCCUUGAAAUGGUAAAUAAAGAAUUUAAAAAUCUUGAAGAAUCUGAUUCAGCAAAGAAUAACCAGGGAGAUGGAAGUCUGUCUUUAGAUCGUAGUAAUUCAAAAUUGACUGAUGAUAUUUCAGACCAAUUACAAGAAAAGAAGGAAGAGGACAUUGAAAUUCCGGAAGAUUUCAAUGCAGUUGAUGCGCCCGAAGAAUUGUUAGAAGAUGAAAAUGCUGCAGAAGCCAGAAUGGCACAAAAUAUUCAUUCAAAUACCACUAAUGAUGAAGAAGAAAUUUCAGACGGUGAAGAUUUAGCUGAUGACGAUGUACACUUGGAAGAGGAAAUGAAUACAGUGGAGCCAGAGGAUCAGGAAGACGAUACAGAUUGCCAAAAGGAAAUUCUUGUAGAAAAAGACCGCAAAGAACACAGCAAACUUGCUCACACUUUUCAAGUAGUUCCAAAAAAAAUUGAAAGCCAAAGAGAAUUAGAAACCCACCUCAGGCCUGUGCAGGAGAGUGCUCUGAAUGUGGAUAAUGAAGAACAGUCUCAGCAUCUGAAAGAUCAGUCUGAGAUGUCACAGAAGGGUGCAGGCAAGGGUCACAAAACUGAUGAGAGCACAGUGGAUGAGAGUACACAGUCAGAAAUGUACUCCAGUGUUGAAACUAAAUUAAACCCCUUUGAAGUUGAAAACAAGGCUAAAGAACCUGUUCAUCAAAAAACAGAAAUCAGGUCAGAGAAAAAAGGUUCAAGGUAUAAUGAAGCAGUGGAACAACUUACAAUUUUGAAAGGCUACUUAGAUGAAAAGAGCUUUCAACGUUUGUAUGUAUAUCUUGAUCCACAGCAGGUUCUAGAACUAGAAGCUAUGCUUCAUGAUUUAGAAGAUGAGCUAAUGCUUAGCAAGUUGUCCAGAACCAAUGAGGAAGACAUUGAAAAAGCUCUUGACCAAAUAUUGGAGGGAUCUGAGACAAGGAUUCUUGAUAUGGUGGAGAAUAUUUUAGAUAAAAGGCAGAACCACUGGCAGAUUGAGGAAGAAUCACAAGAAAGCGAUGGGGAGUCACUGAUCAUGAAUGAUCUCCAGGAGCUUAUAUUUCAAAUAAGAGAAAAGUCCUCAGGGAACGAUGAAAGUGUUGCACUCACUCCAAGAUUGGACAUACCACAAGAAAACAAAGAUUUAUCCAAUGGAUUAUUACAGGGCAGCAACCAGGAAGAUCAAGAGAGGGAAGCUGCUGAAGCACAGCAAGGAGAGAAGAAUGAUGGUGAGCCAGUGAGAAGAUUGCAUUCUCCAGUCUUUACCAAAGAUGCACUACAUUCUGCGAGAAACAAGGAAGAAGAUGAAGGUGAAAGGCCAUGGGCAGAGAUGCAAUCUGGAAAGCUUUCAGAGAAUGCAGCCUAUCCAGAGACAGAGGAUGAUGAACAUUUAGUGAGUAGUUCAGAAACUGUCAAAGAGACAGAGAAAGAACAUCCAAUUUCAGAGAGCAUGACAGGCCAAGAGGAGGAGGCACCAGGAAUUGAACAGUCUUCCUCAAAUUUUACUGAGAUUGGUCAAACACCAAAGGAUUUGAAAGGUAAUGAAGAGGCAUUAGGAAUGUCAACUCCAACUAUUAAAAGGACGGUAGAAGAGAAUCACAAAGGAACUUCUGAAUGGAACAAGCCCAAAGAGCAUGAGCGAGAAGCAUCUUCACCAGGUGUUGGAGGGAAAUUGGAUGGUGGUCAUAAGGCUUGGACAGAACUUAAUAUCCUGAACAUUAGUGAGGGAGGAGAGGAGCCCCAGAAGGGACCUUCUGAUAUGACGUUUGAAGAGAACGUAGCACAGUGUGAUGGAGGAGAUGUUGCAGAGGAGAGUUUGCUGAAAGGAAAGCAACGGGAGGUGACAGUUCCAGCGGGAGAUGGUGUUGAAUUUGGCCACUUGGAGACAGAAGCAGGUACUCAUUCCAUCCUGGAUAAGAAUGUGGUAAUGGACACGAAUCAGCUACAAGAGAGAGGUCCAUUCCUGUUGUGGACUGUCACAGUGAUGGAUGCUGUUGUCUUGUUCAUCAAGGGUAACGUGUGGCCUGUCAUUCAAUCUCUCUCAGAACAUCUCAUUUCCUCUUUGCCUGAAGAAAUGAGACCAGGUCCUGAUUUCCAUGGAGUUCCCUGGGAGCCCAUCUUGAUGACUUCUAUUAUAGGAAUCGUUACUUUUGUCGUCUUUUUAUGGAGAACCUGCCUUUCCGUGAAGAGCAGAAAAUAUCAAAUGACUGAAAAACAGCUAUCUGAGAAGAUCAAACAGCUUAUUCAGGAGAAGACUGAGGUCUUGGAGAAAGUGUCCACUUAUGAAAAGAAGCUGGAAGAAGCCAAAUCUCUCAUUGAUGAAGCACAGAAUGUGAAAUCAGUAAUGUCCGAUGAAGCUAAAGAACUUAAGUUGUCUUGCGGGGAGCUCGAACAGGUGAACCUUCAUUUGGAGAUGCGGGUGAAAAAUCUUGAGACGUUGGUAGAAAAAGAGAAGAAGGAGACAGCUAAACAGCAGACUCUGAUUGCUGACACACAGAAAUCUGUGAAAAAAUUACAAGAUGUUAUUUCAGCUCGUUCAGCAGAACUGUCUCAGGUGCAGGAAGCUCUUUCAAGUGCCAAAGCAAAUGAAGAAAAACUGCAAGUAGAUCUUCAAUCUAUGCAAGAAGAAAAUCUCAUGCUUAAGCAGAGCAAAAGUCAGCUUUUGCAAGAGGUGGAAGGCUGGAGUGAGCGACACAGCGAGCUUAAUGAGCAGAUCAAACUCGGUCAGAAAGCUCAGAGAGACCUGGAGGAAAUGUUGGCUUACAAGGACAAUGAAAUUGAGGUAUUGACAGACUGCGUGAUGCAGCUUAGGCAGCUUGACAUUGAGUCUGACACUGAAGAUAAUGGGUGGGAAAAAGAAGUGGAUGGCGAAAUGGCUAAUGGCGAGCUACCAGACAAAAGUAAAAGGAUAAAAGUGAAGAUUCAGCAAAUGAUGGAUGUUUCAAGGGUACAAACCACCUUGAAAAUCAUUGAAGAGGAAAAAGAUCAUUUCCAAGCCAAGCUGACAGACGAAAUAAAAGCUAGGCAUGAACUCGAAGAGCAAAUUAAGCAGCUUGAACACAACUUUGUAGCAACUACAACAGAGAAGUCAAGGCUUGAGAAUGAACAUAAAACCAUGCAACAGAAGUUGGAGAUCCUGUCUGAGCUCUACCACCAGAAGGAGAUGGCCCUGCAAAAGAGGUUGACUCAAGAAGAGUGUCAGCGUCAAGAGAAGGAACUGAAACUAUCUGCAGCUGAUGAAAAAGCACUCCAGGCUGUUGAGGAAGUGAAGAUGUACAAACAAAGAAUUCAGGAGAUGGAAGAAGAGCUACAUAAGACUGAGAGAUCUUUCAAAAAUCAGAUUGCUGCACAUGAGAAGAAGGCUCAUGAAAACUGGCUGAGUGCACGUUCAGCUGAAAGAACGCUCACUGAGGAAAAGCGGGAGACUGCAAAUUUGAGGCAAAAGAUGAUUGAACUGAACCAGAAACUUUCCCAGGUCCAAAGACCUUCAAUAAUUAAGCCACUGCCAGGUAGACCUGAUCUUCACGGGCCGCCAGGAGCACCCCCGCCCCUUGGGGCUGGGCGCAGAGGUCCACUUUCUCGUGAUGGCUCUUACGGGCCGUCUCCUGUGAGUGGUGGAGCACCUUCACCGCCAUUGAUGAUGGAGCUCCCUGUACGACCGCCUUCAGUUAAUGCAGGCCGUGGCUUCCCACGAGAUCGAGGUGAUGGAGGAGUGAGAGUUCCUCCAGGGACUGUACCUCCUCGUGAGUGGAUUGGUCCUGACCGGUUGGGGCCAUCUUCUGAUCAAGGUUCACCCCCACCACAGUGGGACAGGAGGCCAGGCCCAGUUGAUGGCUAUUCUGGUCCACGCAGACCACCUUCGGAAUCGGGUGUAACGUCUGGACGGAUUUCUGGUCCGGGUGAAAUCCGUGGGCUUCCGUCUUCUAGUAGAGCAGAAUUGGGCCCAGGAGGGCCAGCACCAUUGGCAAGUGGGCCAAGGACAUCUUCACCAAAUUUGACAGAGUCUCCAAUGCAAGACACUGUUGCUAAACCUGAAGAGCCAGUAUCUUUCUCCACACCAUCCUCCUCUGAGCAAUUGAAGACAGCAAAUGCUAAUACUGUUCAGGCUGCACCAUCGUUUCCUGGAACACCUAUUAUGAAUUCACCAGUGGGUGGAAUACCUGUUCUUAGACCUCGACCUGGGCCACCACCACCAUUAACCAGAGGCACCUAUGGACCAGUCCCACUUGCACAAAACCAUUUAGUGCGUGUUCCAGCUCUCCGAGACUACCCUCCAGGCCCGUUCCUCCCUCCAGGCCCAUUCCCUCCACCAGGUCACAGACCUUUUCUUCCUGGGCCCUUGCUACCGCCGCCACCACCACCACAUGCUAUGAGAGACUUCCCACCUGGUGCUAGAGAAUAUCCCCAUGGACCAAGGAGCCUUCCUCCUGGUCCAACACCGCCCCCUGGCAGUAGUAGAGAACCAGACAACCGCUCAUGAUUUUAAAAGCAUUGAGGCCAGGCUUUCAACGUGACUGAUCACUCAUCUCAGGCAGUUAUACACUGUAAUAUAUGUCAAAAGUAUUCCAUUGCCCUAUAAGGAAUAAUGUCAGUAGCAAUGAUCUAAUUAGGACAAAAAAUAUAGACUUAUGAAGAAUGCCAUGGUACUGCAUUAAUGGUUUUCACCCUUGGGUGACAGGGUCAGAUGCAGUCACUGGUUUAUAAUUCUUCAGCUGGGAAACUAUUGGAAAUGAACACACAUUUUGUGGAGAUUGUCAAAAAAAGCAUAACUGCUGGUUACAGCCUUAAACUUCACUUGAAUUCUAUUUGUUGCAAGGUAGCCACUCUGCCAAUCAAAGGAGUUAAUUGUGCAAUAUUAGGGUGCCUGUGUCUCAUGUAGUGAUAUAAAUCUUCUGCUAAUCUGUGACCAGUGUUUUGAAGCCUUUUUGUUUUGAAGGGUAGGGAGAAUUUUUUUCCCACCCCACCAUGGAAAUAGCAACUGAUGAGAGAGCUGCCUGAUUGAUGUAGUCAUGGUGAUGUAUUUGUGAUUUCAUUCAUAUUUCAUGGAAUCAUCUGUUUGUCUCAGCCAGCCCCUGGUUUAGUUUGAUUUCUAUUAAGGAAAAACAAACAGGAAAAUGCUAUAUAAUUAAGGCCAGAUGUAACUUAUUUUACUAUUGAGAAAAUUUAUUAAUAAAGAUGAAUAUUACUGGGUUGUUAAUGAACAUUCCUCAGUACUAUUCUUGCCCCAUUCUCUUUAUUACAUGUAAGUCACUGUUGGUAAUGGCUACUGAAUAUACAGGUUAGCACAAUAUGAAUCAAAGCAGUUAUUUCCCUCCUUCUAUACAUUACAUUAUAAAUUCCACCAAUUGUUAAGAGAAAAUGCUGAACACUGCUACAUGCAGAUGUAGUGCAAUGAUUAGAAUACAUUUUUAGAAAGAAUUUUGACCAAACACACCACUCUGGCACUUCAAAUACAUUUCUAGCAUAGCACUGGAGUGACUUCUGAUCCAAAGAGCAAGGUUCCCUGUUGAAAGUACCACUACAAAACGUUUACCGUUCAUCUAUGCGUCAAAAUAAGAUCCUUCAUUUGUGGACUUGAUUGUUCUCUUUCUGACUGUAAUCUAACUACAGAAAGCUGCUGCCUUUAAACCAGCAUCGCAAGGGUAGCCAAAAAAGAUUUCAGCAGUUCCGUCAAUUUAAAUAAGUUAAUACUUGCUGUAUUAGCUACCACAGGUAGUGUAGGUACUCUUUCGUUCUUCGGCACACUGAACAGUAACUCUGCCAACAUUCCAGGAUUAAUCAGUUAUUAAAAAUGAUAUAAAAAUGGCAAUGUUUACCAGCUUGAAAUAUUUUCCUGAAUUGCAUCAGAAGCAGCUUCGACUUGAGAUGUCUUCAUGGAACAGUUAACAAUGAUGCAGUGUUUUUAUUGCAAGUACUGUUUCAUAAAUGUGCUACAUAGUGCUAGUUCUGUUGUACACAUACACAUGUACCACAGCGCAAUCACUCCUUAUGCAAUGUUUGAUGGAGGUGGAGAUACAGUGGUUUCUUGGUCAGCAAAUGC